AUGUUAGCCGAGCGUCCUCUAUCGUUUUUCAACCCUCAAGAAUUCGAUAACAACACACACACGCUUCCACGCCGAGCAAGUAUCGGUCAGAAGAAAUUCAUUUCUCGCACCGAAGUUGGAAAAUUACUGGCCACUCUGCUCAAAUAUCACCGUCCUCAGUCAAAUGCAGCUGUAUUGGCAAUAAAGCCCUCCGCUACUCUUAUUGGUGCCGAAAUUGCCAAGUCAUUAGAACUACCGCUUGACCUCUUCCUUGUGCAUUCAUUCAAAGUCCACGACCUGACUGUUGGCGCCGUUGCCAACGGAUGGGACGGUGUCCUAUUGAAAGAGCAAAUAAUAAGUGGAUGCCAAGUCUCUGAGGAGACACUCAAGUACUGCAUCGAUAGUGCCCGCAACGAACUUGUUUUCAAGGCAGAACUAUAUUCUCCUCUCAAUUUACCAUUACCAGCUGGUGAGGAUGGAACCGUGAUACUUGUCACCGAUGGCAUUCAAACUGGUCAAAAUGCUCGCUGCACAAUCGCAAUACUCCGGAAGAUGGGUUACCGUGGUAAAAUCGUGCUUGUUGCUGGGGUUAUUGGAUCGGAUGCACAAAGAACGUUUAUGAAAGAGUGUGAUGACGUCAUAGCGCUUGUUUCUCCUCGUAUCGUGGGCGGUGUAGACAAUUGGUAUAAUGACAGUGAAGUAAAAGAUGAUGCUGAAGAGAUAAGAAGAACACUUCAACAAUAA